AUGGGCACGGCCCGGCUUAUGGAAAUCCUCUGUUCUCGUUACGGUCUGCCGGAGCGGUUGAUAGAACAGGAACGGGGUAAGGAACAGUACGAAUCCAUUGCCAACAUGGUAAACGACGAGGGUGAAGACAUUUCUUCACUGCUCCAGCAGUUGGAGGAGCACUACGACCGGGAGCAAAAGGACAAACAACCGCCGCCACCACCUCUCUCCGCCAACAUCGAGGAGUUCUUGAGGGACUUGAACCAGGGGUUCGAACGUCCGGAGGGGAGUUAG